GGCAAGCCAGUUUUUCGCGAUCUGGCGCCAUUACGACGCUGAUGGCAAUGGAUACAUGGAUGGAAACGAACUGCAGGGUUUUAUCCAAGAACUGCAGCAGGCACGACAGAAAGCUGGCUUGGACUUAACCCCAGAAAUGAAAACUUUUGUGGACCAUUUUUCAAAGAGUUCUGAUGGAAAAAUAGGAAUUGUAGAGCUUGCUCAGAUACUGCCAACAGAAGAAAAUUUCCUAUUAUUCUUUAGAUGCCAGCAGCUAAAAUCUAGUGAAGAUUUCAUGCAGACAUGGCGAAAGUAUGAUAGUGACCAUAGUGGAUAUAUUGAUGCCGAAGAGCUUAAGAACUUUUUGAAAGAUUUACUUCAGAAAGCAAACAAACAGAUUGAUGAUUCAAAACUAUCAGAAUACACAGAUAUUAUGCUCAAGAUGUUUGAUGAAAACAAUGAUGGAAAGCUGGAACUGACAGAAAUGGCCCGGUUAUUGCCAGUGCAGGAAAACUUUCUCCUUAAGUUUCAGGGUAUUAAAAUGUGUGGAAAGGAAUUUAAUAAAGUUUUCGAUACAUUUGAUUCAGAUGGGAAUGGCUACAUAGAUGAACAGGAAUUAGAUGCUUUGCUAAAAGACCUCUGUGAAAAGAACAAAAAGGAAUUAGAUAUCAAUAACCUUGCAACCUACAAGAAGAACAUUAUGGCCUUGUCUGAUGGAGGAAAACUUUACAGAACAGAACUUGCUCUCAUCCUCUGCGCUGGGGAAAAUUAAAAGUCCAUCUCUCAUUUCCACUCCAACUAGUAAUAUAUUGUUAUCUUUAAAAAACACCACAAAAAACAAAAACAAAAUUAACUGUGCAUUAUAAGAGAGUAGGCUUUAUUUCUUUUAUAUUUUUAAAUUGAAAAUCGCAUACAGAUAAUUAGCCAUGUUAUGUGGCACAUUCUUUUCAGCUUGUUUCUAUUAUGUUCGUAAUGUACAGCUUUUGUAACUAAAGAGGAUGUCAUAAAUUACCAUGGGCCAGUCUGUCAAUGCAUUUACCAAUAGCUUUGUUUUUGUGAGAUAUGGGAGAAGGUUUCAAGAGCGCAGCUGAGAUUGGUAUUAGCUAGGUCUCCAUUAAGCAAAUAGGUUUUCAAACAAUAUCAGAAAGAAACACACAUUCAAAAUCAGUUUAGGAUGA